ACAAGUUGCGCUGAACCGAUGAAUUAGUAGUUCACUAAAAUGUGUAGCGAAAGUUGUAAGCAAUGUUUUUUCUUAUUUUGUAAUCAUAAGCGAUCCUUACAAUUUCUUAUUAGUUGAUUGUGCUUUCAUCUUUUAUUGCGUGCUUUUGUGCAAGAAAGCUGUAAUUAGCAGGUAUGAUUUUAUUAAACAACUGUUACGUAAAUGAUUUUAACAAUUUUGAUAAUAAUUUCUGGAAUUGAUUGGACGCAUUUCUUAUUUAUUACUGACGGUUCAAUCGUAAAAUGAUCCAGUGAUGACUUUCACAUCAUAAAUAAUUAUAAUAAAUAAUAUUCAAUCUGAAAACUAUUUUGUGAAGAAAAAACUUAAACUCGCUGUUUAUUUUUUUGUAUGUAUUGAGGUGUUUAACACGUGCACAUGGGUAGUGCAAAUGCUGAAUUAUGUUCACGAAGUUCUGUGGAUAAGCACAAUUCGCCAGAUAUGAAAAUGCAGCGACCCGAAUUCUUUCCUUGUUCUGAAUGUGGGCGAAAAUUUACUAAACGAGCUCUAGAAGUUCAUAAAAAUUCGUGUUCCGAGAAAGAUGAUUGUCAGUGUGUUGUCUGCAAAACAACCACAAGAGUAAAGCAUUUUACUAGGGAAAGCAGUUUCCCUAGUAAAGAAAGCCAUGUGCAUUCAGAUAGCUCAUACUCUGAUUCUUUUGAAAAUAAAAAUGAUAACACUGUAAAGUAUGAGCUUAGUGAAUUAUUGCAAGGGAAAUUUAAUGAUGCAUCUUCUAUACUCAAUCAAAGUACUGGAAAUUUUUCAUCUGAAAAUCAGGUAUAUGUAAAUAUAAUUCCCAAUAAUCAAAUGUUGGAUGAUUUGAUGAAAAAUAAUAUAUUGGAAAGCAAGCAUAAUCUUUGUAAUACUAAUAAUUACUUAGCAGCUGCAGUAAAACUUGAAAAUCCAAUAAAAAUGGAGUUUGAAUCAAAUGAUAUGCAGAGUUCUGAUCCAAAAUAUGUGUUUUUAUGUCCAGAUGCAUCUGGAAUGAGCGAUAGCAAUGAUGACCAGCAGGAUGUUUCUCAAAAGUUUCUUAUGCACUCUACAUCCAGUGGCAGUUCAGAUGAGCAUGAUGCAGAUUCAUGUAAUCGUAAGCUAUUCUGCUGUGUCUGUAAUCAACAUGUUUAUUGGGAAUCCUUUGGGAUGCAUGUUAUUCAGCAUUGCAAAAUUAUUGACAACAAUUAUUUGAGAUGUCCUGAAUGUAGUAAAAGUUACUCAAGACCUGCAUUAUUCCUUAUUCAUUUUUAUGUGCAUGUCUCAUCUCAUCCUUUGGAUUGUUCAGAAUGUCGUUGUGAAUAUCCCAAGUGUGUCGAUGCUACAAACCGUGCAAUUGUUGAGCACUGUUAUGCCGAAAGCAUCCCUUUUCAUUGUUACAUUUGUCUGAAACGUUUUGGUCACUGCCAAACUAUUGUAAAUCACAUGCGACUUCAUUCAAAAGAGAUGCCAUUUACUUGUCCAGAGUGUCAACGUUCCUUUCGCCAAGUGGGCAAUCUUCAGCGUCAUAUGACCACUCAUCGAGGGGACAGGCCUCAUAAAUGUCCCGAUUGCUGUCGAUCAUUCGCAGAUCCAGCAACGUUGCGUAAUCAUGUUAGAGUCCACACUGGAGAAACACCAUAUAUUUGCAAUAUUUGUAAAAGGGGUUUUUCACAGAUUGGCAAUUUAAAAAGACACAUGGCAUUGCAUUUACAGAAGGAUGCCGCUUCUACUCAAGGCACAGCAAUAGAAAUAGUUGCAGAAGAAAACAGUUUGUCCAUCGUUAAUUCUCCUGAGCUUCCAAUUUACAGUAAAGACACCAAGAAAAGAAAGGUUAAUACAUCUGAAGGCUAUCAGAAUGGAGAUGGUAAGUGCAUGCCUACAGAAAAUUCAAAAGUAAAAUGUGUAAAGCGCGUAUUAACUGAGUCGGGUGCACUUGUGUCGCCUGUGAAUAAUAAAAAGUUAAGUUUUACCUCUAAAAAGUCACAAAAGGGUCGUAAAAGGAAUGGAAAGUUCCGUCUGUUUCCUUGUCCUACAUGUGGAAAAGUGUACACUUGGCAGCAUGAUUUAUCAAUUCAUUUUCGAACGCAUACUGGUGAGAAGCCAUACAGGUGCGAUAUUUGUGACAAACGUUUUGCUCAAAGUGGUGCAGUCCGUAUUCAUAAAAUUCGUCACCAUUCGAAUGGUGCUCAAAGCAAAAUGAGGUGGAAAUCCUGAUAAAAUAUGCAGUGUACAUUAGCAUGUAUACAAUUGUUUAGAUCUGAUGUAUUUUUAUAUACUCUUUUAAACCUUCAAGGCAAUUUUACUAUGACUUCAUAUGGAGAAAAUACUAAGUAGAAAAGUGUCAAUAAAUCAUUGUGUAAAUUCAAUGUUAAAUGCAUUGACUUGUAUUGAAAAGACUUACCUCAAAAUUGCUUGUGUUGUUUAAACCUAAAUCGUUAUUAGUAAAAGCUGAGAUGUAUUUAUGUGUAAUUUUAGCAAAAUUGUAUUUAAUGUUAUAUCAUUUUAAUAUUGUGAGCAUAGUUUUUAGUUGUUAGGAAUUGUUUUUAUAUUUUCAUUCGAUGAAAUUAUCUUUCUGUAUAUACCGUCUCAGAAGUGACUUUAACAAAAUUUCAUAGCUGUGAAACUGUUCAUUAUUUUCAACUAAGUACUAAAAAUCAAUUCAUCCCUUAACCUAAAGUAGAGUCUCGGGUUUAUGUGAGAUUUGAUGAUAUUGUUAUUAGAUGAUUAUUAUUUUAAUUUGGUAACCUUACCUUUUGUGAUGCCUAUGAUCAUGAUCAUAUCAUCAUAGCUGAUGCACAGUGCCAGGUCUGUAUAAUUGUCGCCAAAAUCCGUGCAACCGUCUACCAAAGUAGGACCUAUAAUUCUCUGAUGUAAUUUUAAGCAAAAACAUCACUGUGUGCAAACUGAGAACAACAGUGAAAAACGUUAUGUUCUGCAAGGCAUCAUGGUUAAUCUUUGGAUUAUGGUAACUUGGCGAAAAUUUGGUGACCAACCCUGCUACAGCAACCUGCUAGUUUUUGUUUGAAUGCCAUUUUGUUUUCAUGAAGUAAAGGCAUUUUUU